AUGGAGAUACUUAACUGCGUUCGUUUUAGCUUGACAGGCAUCAAUGGAACCAGGGCCAACCAGUUAGUAAAGGUCUCUCUGCCAUCGACGCCACCACGACGCCAGACAGCGUCGUCCUCCUGCGCGAGUCCAUCCUCGCACGUCGAACUCCGAAUCUGCACCGUGCCACGCCGUCGAGAUCCGUCGCCAUCAAUGUGUAGGAUGAAGCACCGCUCCACCAAAGAUGUCGUCCGUUGGUCCCGCGAAGCCGAGUGCACCUCCAAGAAUGCCGCCCCCAAGGGGAUAGGAUCCCAACCUCAACGAGUUGGCCGGGCAAGGUCAGUAACAUGCUGUGAGUACUCUCCUGAUCCUGCUAGCAAGAGGCAUGAGAGGUAUCAGCAACAACCACAAAAUGUUGAUCUCCCAGAAUUACACCCGAAGAACAAAAAGAAGCCAUUUCCUGUCCCAAUUAAAAAGAUGCUGCAAGCUUCCCGCAAAGAUAAGAGGCUUGCACAGAUGAGGAUAGAGAAGCCUCUUGAGCCCCCAAAGAACGGCUUGCUUUUACCAGAGCUUGUCCCUGUUGCCUACGAAGUCCUUGAGAACUGGAAAGUGCUCAUCAGAGGCAUCUCUCAACUUCUGAAUGUUGUUACAGUUUAUGGUUGCAGAAAAUGCCCUCAAGUCCAUGUUGGCCCAGUUGGCCACCAGAUACAAGAUUGCUAUGGUUCAGGAAGCCAGCGACGAAAUAGUCACCACUCUUGGGUCAGAGGAUCCAUCAACGAUGUGCUCAUCCCGAUCGAAUCUUACCAUCUUUUUGACCCAUUUGGGCGGAGGGUCAAGCAUGACACCAGGUUUGACUUCGACAGGAUUCCAGCAAUUGUUGAGCUAUGCAUUCAGGCUGGUGUCGACCUACCACAAUAUCCCACAAGGAGACGGACUGCUCCUGUGCGGAUGAUUGGCAAGAAGGUUAUUGACCGUGGCGGAGUUGUCGAUGAGCCUAAGCCACACCGAUUGGAGGACUGUAUAUCUCUUCUUGCUGAGCUUGACACAUUUAGCAACCAACAGGGACAGUCACCCGCGCCGGCCAAUGUGAAAGAGCAUGCAGAGAGGACACUGAAAGCAUACUGUGAUGUCCGGCGGGGUGUUACGCAGCUGAUGAGCAAGUAUACGGUAAAAGCAUGCGGGUACUGCUCUGAGGUCCACGUUGGUCCAUGGGGACACAAUGUGAAGCUCUGUGGGGCUUUCAAGCACCAAUGGCGAGACGGCAAGCACGGGUGGCAGGAUGCUGUUGUGGAUGAGGUCAUACCACCGAACUAUGUGUGGCAUGUCCCUGACCCCACUGGCCCUCCUCUCAGAUCCUCUCUAAGGAGUUUCUAUGGCAAAGCUCCGGCCGUGGUCGAGCUAUGUGUGCAGGCGGGAGCUGAAAUACCUGCAGAGUACCGGCCAAUGAUGAGGACUGAUAUCAUCAUCCCAGACCCCGAUGAAGCUUGGAUGGCUGCAUGA